AUGGCAAACCGAUUUGGAGCAUUCAAUACCGGUAAAGGUUUGUUGCAAGUUGAGACUGAUGAUGAUGAGACAAAUGUUGUACGGAAGAACAUUUUGGUCAAUCUGAGAAAUACUUUCAACCUUUUUCCCAACCCAAAUUCUGCUUCCAUCUCAACCCGAAAUAUCUCUUUGACCAUAUCUCCUCACCCAGCAACUAUUUACAUAAGUCCUCCACCGAUACCGCCAAAAUUUACUAUCAGUCCAGAGGCUUUGCCAGUCAUCAUGAUGACCAAUGCCCAAUCAUAUGCACUUGCAACAUCAGUCACAGAAAGCCAACAAAAUCAACUAGCGCUAUGUCCAUACAAAAGACCAGGAAAGGAAAUUAAGACGACUAGCUGGGAUGAUCCAGAUAGAGAGCUCCAUAACCUAAGAAAGAUCGUGGAGGAAGAAAUGCGUGCAAGAAAUAUUCAGAUUUUAAGAUAUGAAAGUUUGUGCAUGCAUCCAAAUGUUGAGCUUCCGCCAGGAUUCAAAAUUCCAAAAUUCAAUACUUUCAAUGGGAAAGGAUAUCCCAUUUAUCAUUUGAAAGACUACUGUAGCAGAUUAGUGGAGAUUGGACAUAAUGAAGCCAUUCGAAUGAAGUUGUUCAUUCAGAGUCUAACAGGGCUAGCGCUUGAUUGGUACACUCAACAAAAUCUUAGCAAAUGGUACAUGUGGGAGGACAUUACCCGCGAUUUUGUAGAACAAUAUAAGUUUUAUAAUGGAGAUAGUCCAACGCUUUGUGAUAUGCGUGAAGUAGAAAGAAUGCAAUACGAGUCUUUUGCAGAAUAUGCCAUGCGAUGGAGACUGGAGGCUACAAAAAUACGCCCUCAAUUGCCUGAGAAUGAGUUGAUUUCCACCUUCAUCAAAAUGCAAAAAGGCAUAUACUAUGAAAAGUUGUUAUGUGCUCGGCUACAUGACUUCUCGAAUUUGAUUAGAGUUGGAAAACUGAUAGAAUCAAGCAUUCGAGCAGGAAGAAUUGUUGACAAAUCAAAAUUACAAGCCACUUCUCAAGGCGAUGCACUCGAGAAUUUACAAGGCAAAAAGAGGAAGAUAGAUUCUGUUUGCAUUCCCGCUCAUCAGCCAUAA